AUGUUACCCCCGGCAACGCGCCACGGCGACCACACGAGCAACGAGACCUCGCCGGUUAAACGCAAGCCUCGCCCAUCUCCUCGGUCGCCCCGGAGAUUCACCUUUGACCCCGCCGGGGGACUAGGGGGAGGGGCUAGCGAGGAGGAGGGAUGGACACGCAGACGCAGCGAGAGGAUUUUCCUUCAUGAUGCCUCCACCAAUCAGAUCUCUCCCUCCAGUAAAGACCCUCCAAUCAGCACUAAACCCGCCCCCAGACCUAAAACCACACCCAGGGACGGGAAAGACUGGAAGAAGAAGAGGCUGAAGGACUCUCCCCUGACCCCGCCCUCUCUGUCUAGUCCAAUCACAGAGAGCCCGGUAGCCCCAACCCUCAGCCCUGCACGCAAGAGCCAAUCAAAAGCCAAGGCUAAACCCCGAGAGGAACCCAGUCAGGACAGCAGCUUCUCUGAAGACGAUGGUCCUCCUCCGUCACACAGCAGUCUGGCUGAGAGGACCCUGUCUGCUCCGGUCCAGUGUGUGUUGGAUAAAGACUCUCUUCAGGAUGGUCUGAGGGUUCUGAUCCCCAUGGAUGAUCAGCUGCUGUAUGCUGGACACGUCAACACGGUACACUCCCCGGACAUUUACAGCGUGGUGGUGGAGGGGGAGAGGAACAGACCUCAUAUCUACUGUCUAGAACAACUCCUGCAGGAGGCUAUUGUGGAUGUGAUGCCUCCAUCAGUCUGGUAUCUUCCUGAAGGCUGUCGUGUUGCUGCAUACUGGAGCCAGCAGUACCACUGUCUCUACCCCGGCACCGUAGUCAACGGAAGUUCAGACGGUGAUGACAGUGAUGACCUCAUCACGGUGGAGUUUGAUGACGGUGACACGGGUCGCAUCCCCUCUCCCACAUCAGACUGCUGCCGCCCUGACUACAAGAUACAGUGUGCUGAGCCCUCCCCCGCGCUGCUAGUGGCCAGCUGCUCCAGGAGGCGUGUCAGGAAGUGCAGCAAGGACACCAGUGAGACGACGCCUAAAACAGGGGACUCCGCCCCCAAGGGCAGAGGGAGACCUGCCAAGAAACCCAAACCCAAACCUGAGCCCCCAGUGAGCCCAGACCCCCGGGAGACGAUACCCCCCCCGGGACCCAGCCAGGCUCCAGACAGACCUCAGCUCCCCACCAGACCAGCCCAGGACAGGCCCUCCUCCUCCCAGAGGCCUGCUCAGGAAAGACCCCUGUCUGCCCCCAGGCCGGGACCAGGCCGACCCUCCAAGCCCACCAGCACACCCAGCCUGCCUGCCACCCCACGCAGCCAGAACCCUAGGAGACCCAGCCCAGCCUCUCCCAAGCCCCCCUCCCUCUACCACCCAGCUCCUUAUGGGAAGAUACUAAGGGUGGACCUGUACAGCCAACCCAACCUCACCUCUUGUAACGUCAGCACCCAACCGAACCCUAAAACCAACCCUAAGUCCAAACUACUUAAACCCAACUCUACUUCCUAUCAUCAGACCCAAAACCAUAACAAACCCAGGCUCACCCUGGAUCCUUCUACCAGGCCCAGAACCAGCCCUGGGUCCAGCUCCAGUACCUCCAAACCUAGAACCAGCCCCGGGCCCAGCUCCAGCACCUCUAAAACCAGAACCAGCCCUGGGCCCAGCUCCAGUACCUCUAAACCCAGAACCAGCCCUGGGUCCAGCUCUAGUACCUCUAAACCCAGCCCCGGGCCCAGCUCCAGUACCUCUAAACCCAGAACCAGCCCUCUGCCCAGCUCCAGUACCUCUAAACCCAGACCCAGCUCAGACCUCUCUGCUGCAUGUCCCGGGGAGGGCGGGGUGGGAGGGCAGGGCGGGGUGCGACAUGGGCGUAAGGCCCUCCUAGAGGAACCCCUAGUAAAGCUGGACCACGAGGGCGUGACCUCACCCAAGACCAAGAAGACCAAGGCUCUGAUGCUGCUGGAGGCCAGGGGCUUACGGCAAGACCACACACCCCUCUCCACGGCCGCAGCCAGCCAGAAGCCGGCGAGGGUAAAGGGGAGGGCUCCGGAGAGCGAAGCGGGGCUGCUGGAGGCCAAGGGCUUACGGCAAGAACACACACCCCUCGCCACGGCCGCAGCCAGCCAGAAGCCGGCGAGGGUAAAGGGGAGGGCUCCGGGAGCGAGGUGGGGCUGCUGGAGGCCAAGGGCUUACGGCAAGAACACACCCCUCGCCACGGCCGCAGCCAGCCAGAAGCCGGCGAGGAGGAGACGAGGAAGAAAACGGUGUAGCUCCAGCUGCUCCCACCCCUCCUCCCCAGCCUCCUCCUCCUCGUCCUCCUCUAGCACCUCCUCUUCCUCUUCCUCCUCCACUGACGAGGAGUCCUCUUGUACUUCUGACGAGGAGACCGACCCCGCUCCCCCUGCACCUCUCCCCGUCUCCCCCCCUCCAACUACCCCACAGGAGGAGGUGGAGGAAGAGAAGGAGGAAGAGGAAGAAACUAAGAAGUUGAAAAAGGCGGAAGAGGAAGAGGAGGAAGAAGUAUUAGAAGAAGAUCAAUCUCCCUCCUCUCCUCCCUCGUCUAUCUCCCCAUCCACCAAGCCAGCCAGGCCCCGGGGUCGUCCAGCCCGGCAGAAGUCCCAGGGUGGUGUGGGGUCGGUGGGCAGACCACGGCGCAGGGAGGCCCACCUCCCCACCACCAAGGAGCUGGCUAAGAGACAGCGAUUACCGAGCGUAGAGAACAGACCCAAGAUCUCUGCCUUCCUGCCUGCCAGACAGCUCUGGAAGUGGUUUGGGAAUCCCACACAGAGGCGUGGUAUGAAAGGGAAGGCUAAGAAGCUGUUCUACAAGGCCAUCGUGCGGGGGAGAGAGAUGAUUGGUAUCGGGGACUGCGCCGUGUUCCUUUCGGCCGGCCGACCCAACCUGCCCUUCAUAGGGAAGAUCCAGAGCAUGUGGGAGAGCUGGGGAUCCAACAUGGUGGUCAGAGUCAACUGGUUUUAUCACCCGGAAGAGACCAACCCUGGCAAGAAACUACACGACAAGAAGAACUGGGAUCAGAUGUCUGGUCAGUCUCUUCCUUCAUCUCUGCUCUCCUCUAAUCAGAGGAAAGACUUCAUGGAGCGGGCUCUGUACCAGUCGUCCCACAGCGAUGAGAACGACGUUCAGACAGUCAGUCACAAGUGUCUAGUGGUCAGCGUGUCGGAGUACGAAACCAUGACUCUGACGCGUCGCUACGCCGACAGCCAAGACCUGUACUACCUGGCCGGGACAUACGAACCCACCACGGGUAUGAUCUACAACACGGACGGAGUCCCCAUCAUCUGAUGAACGACACGCUAACGACACGCUAACGACACCAGACCCUGACCUUGACCCGACCAACGCCAAGGUCGAUCCGGUCAACUCAUAACGUUUGAUCCAACGAACGAAGACCACCUGAGAGAGACUACAGACCGUAUUCAACGAACGAAGACCACCUGAGAGAGACUACAGACCGU